GCUGCAGGGUGUUUGGGUGCAGUGCUGCUCCUCAUGUGUCCUCACUUUCUGCUUCUCUCUGCCUUCUAUCCUAGGUGCUCCUGUGACCCCGAGCCAUGUCCUGCUGCAAGCCCUGCAACCCUUGCUGCCAGCCCUGCGGCCCCACCCCACUGGCCAACAGCUGCAAUGAGUGCUGUGUCAGGCAGUGCCAGAGCUCCCACGUGGUCAUUGAACCAUCACCUGUGGUGGUGACCCUGCCUGGCCCCAUCCUCAGCUCCUUCCCACAGAACACCGUGGUGGGAUCCUCCACCUCUGCUGCUGUUGGCAGCAUCCUCAGCUGUGAUGGAGUGCCCAUCAACUCUGGGGGCUUUGACCUCUCCUGCAUCACCAACCGCUACGGUGGCAGCAGAUGCCGUCCCUGCUAA